CAGAACCCUGAAAGAUUUACAGGACAUGGUUUUCGGCGAUCAUCCGCUUCAUUACUAGCAAGUACAGGUGCUGAUAUGGAUACGCUGUAGAGAGGCACGGUGGAUGGAAGUAGUCUUCUGUUGCAGAAAGCGUUUCCAAGACUGCGGAGAGACGGAGCGGGAGAGCUGCUCAACGGGGAGCGGGCCAGUGCAGCCCCCGCCACUGGACAACUGGCGGCUGCGUUCGGAUAUGCACUUCACUCCGCAGGCCAGGAUUGGAAGGGACGAUGAGGGGAAGGAGACGUCAAGGUCGAGGAGGUCGGACUUCUGUCUCUCGUACCGGAUUAGCUCUUUCAGAUGAAACAAUGGCUCGUGUAAUGUUCUUCUGGAAUCCAUCAUAUGCUUUUGAGCAUCAAUA